UUACUUAAUUUUAAUUUAACUUAGCUUAAACUUUUCAACUAAAAUUUUCAUGCCAUUGACAAACAACAUAUUUGAAUUGAUACUUUGUUAGGAAGCAUUAAUAAUGAUACCAAUUCUUCAUUGAUGAUAAAGUCUCCCGUGCGACUCGAUCUUUCUAGAUGAAAACUUGUGUUACGUGUACUUGUAACAUAAAUUAUAGAGAAAUACGGCGAGCAAAAAAUACGUAGGAGCUACAGAACAGUCAUUAACUAACGCAGCAUCCACUUUACUAUGUAAAGAGGCGUGUCUUGUAAUGUUGCAUAAAAGAGGCCUACGUUCGCAUAUCAUUACUGUUAAACGUAUCUAAAAGUUAACUGAAGACUGGCGGGAGAUCGUUUACUUCGCUGCUGCAUGGCAGCUGAUUUUCACUGACAGUCGCUCGACAACUCGACACGGAGACCGACACGCUGCUUCAAUCGCCUCGCAUACACGCGCUCGGGAUGUGCACAGUAAUGUGGUAUCGUGCAAAGUCUCAUUUGUGAAAGAAAAAUACCUUAGAUUAUUAUUUCGCAGAGUUUCGUGCCUGACGGAUGCGGACUUUUCAUAAAUGCUGGUAUUCGGGAGCGGUUUAUAAAGUUCAGAGAAUGAUGGAAAUUAAUGAACAUUUUAUCAGACACGUUUUACACAUGUGGACUUACGAUUGACGAAUAAUAUCAAAGACACACACGUAACUGUUGUAGCACGAAUAGCAGCUAAUUAUGAUGAAAAGGUGCUGUUCGUGCUCAUGUCUCUCCGGAUUUAGGUCUGUGUUCAGGCCUCAGCAUAGUCCUUUCGAGAGACCUCGACCGCCUUCCACUUCCCCUGGGGAGGAUUUCGGCGUUCCAGUAUUGACGAUCCACAAUGUAGAUCCUUGCAUCGAAGAGAACGGCGAGAAUCAUCGGACAUCCAGAUACGAGCUGAUGACCCGCCAGGAUGACGGAGCAAGACUCGUCGUUAGACGUGGCCAGGAAUUUUAUCUGCACCUCAGUCUAUCUCGAGACUAUAAUUCUUCCAUCGACGGUAUUUCUGUCGUCUUCACUCUGGAUGACGUCCAGAGACCGCAGCAUGGACACGGGACACUGGUGGCAACCGCCCUGCUUCAUCCCGGGGAGAUUUCCGAGGCUGCCUGGCAGACCACCAUAGAUGCCAGGGGACCAAAUUUCUUGAGGAUAAAGGUUGUGACAUCCGCAAACGCGAUUAUAGGCAGGUGGAAAAUGGACAUCGAUACCAAGAACAAGGAAUCGGAGGGUGCUGUCAGUUUCACGAUGGAUCGUCCUUUUUACUUGAUCUGCAAUCCAUGGUGCAGAGACGACGUGGUGUACUUGGACGGCGAGGCUGAGCGUCAGGAAUACGUGCUGGCAGAGGACGGUUUGAUCUGGCGCGGCAGUCACAACCGUUUGCGGCCCACCGUGUGGAAAUAUGCGCAAUUUGAGCGAGACAUCCUGGACUGCGCCCUGCACCUGAUGAACCACAUCGGUAGAGUCCGCGUCUCCGGCAGGAACGACCCGGUCGUCAUAACGCGCUGCCUAUCCGCCGCGGUGAACUCGCCCGACGAUAACGGGGCGGUGAUGGGAAAUUGGUCGGACGAUUACGGGGGCGGCACACCCCCUACCAGGUGGAUGGGCUCGCAGAAGAUACUCCAGCAAUACUACAAGACGAAGAAACCGGUCAAGUACGGACAGUGCUGGGUAUUCUCCGGUGUGCUGGCGACGAUUUGCCGUACUCUUGGUAUACCCUGCCGAGUGGUGACCAACUACUCGAGCGCGCACGACACUCAGAGCAGCCUGACCGUAGAUUACUUCGUGGAUGCGGAAGGGAAGAUCAUGGAGGAGCUCAACAGCGAUUCCAUAUGGAAUUUCCACGUCUGGAACGAGGUGUGGAUGAAGCGGUUGGAUUUGUCGCCGGAUUGCUCGGGCUGGCAGGCAAUCGAUGCGACUCCUCAGGAACUGAGCGAAGGCGCGUAUCGCUGCGGGCCGGCAUCGGUGGCCGCCGUGAAGAAAGGGGAAGUCCUGCGUCCUUACGACAACGCGUUCCUCUUCGCCGAGGUGAACGCUGACAAAGUCUACUGGCGUUACAACGGGCCCACGCAGCCGUUGAAGUUAGUUCGCAAGGAUAUGUACGGCAUCGGCCAGCUGAUCAGCACGAAAGCGGUUGGGAGAUGGGCAAGAGAGGACAUCACGUACACCUACAAGUAUCCAGAAAAAUCUGAUGAAGAACGUGCUGCUAUGCUGAAGGCGCUGCGCCAGAGCGAGUCUUUAUUCAGUCGUUAUUAUCUCAACGAGGAGUUCAACGACGUCAUGUUCACCUUCGAACUGCGCGAUGAUAUCGUAAUCGGUCAGCCAUUCAGCGUCGUUCUACUGAUAAAAAAUCGGCAUUCAACGAUGGAAUACCGUGUGUCUGUAAUUCUGAGAGUGGAAACUGUGCUGUACACUGGCCGAGUUGGCGAUCCAGUGAAAAGAUUGCACAUAGACAGACUCGUUCGGCCAGGGGUGCUCGAGGAAAUUCGCAUGGACGUUUCCUGGGAGGAGUACGGCCCGAGAUUGUUGGAUCAAUGCGCUUUCAACAUCGCCUGCCUCGCCACCGUGAAGGACACGAACUUCGAGUACUUCGCGCAGGACGACUUCCGCGUUAGGAAGCCCGACAUAAAAAUCACGUUGCAUAACGAAGCAGUCGUCGGUCAGACUCUCCACGCUUCGGCCAAGUUCCGCAAUCCGUUGCCGAUUCCUUUGAGGAAAGGUAGAUUCCUUAUCGAAGGGCCCGGUCUGGAUGAGCAAUUGAAGCUGAAGCUAACGGAGCCGGUCGAGGUGGAUGCAGACGCGGAAUGCAGCUUCUCCAUGAUGCCGAAGUUAGACGGACGCGCCAGGAUAGCGGCGAAAUUUUACUCGAGGGAAUUAGAGGACGUCGAUGGACAUUCGCACAAUUUUAUAGUCAAAUUGGGGAAAGUAAUCAAUUCCGAGUGAUCGCAAUAUUUUCUACGAUACUUCAGGAAAUAAUAAUGCCGUUUUUUAUAUCUUUACUUUUAAUUUAUACUUACAUUUAUUGUGUGAUAAUGUAAUAAUAAUUUUUCGAUGUGGGAACAGCACAGCUAUCGUAAAAUCAUAAUUGUAAUUAUGAUUUAUUGCUCGAUGCCAAAAAGCUCGAAAGUGUAAUAGUUUACACGAAGUUUUGAAGAUAUGAAAUUAAUUUUUAAAUUGACUUUUUUUCGAAGGAAAAAAGCAUAAAAAUGCAUAAGUUAAGGGAGCAAAUGCAACAUUAUUUCCCAAAAAUUUGGUUUACAUCGUAGAAAGUGUCAAAUUGUGAGAAACGCUAUAUAUUUAUUUAUUGCAAGUCGAGUGCAAAACGUCGAAACUGCGCGUAUGAGCAGAGUAUGCGUGUGUGUGUGUGUGUAUGUGUGUCAAUUAGCGUGUCGAAUUAGCUGAGCUGAUAUGUACAUACAAUCAAAAUUAUUUUUAAUGUAUCGUCCUUUCUUUCAAUUAUCUUUACGAUAUAGUCAAUAUUAUGUCAGGGCUGCGUCCGGUUUACGCCGGUCUUGUCUGUUGCAAACCGGCCGCGGACCUAUGUUAUCUACGUGUUCAUAGAAUGUAAAAUCGCGCAACAUUUUGUACGUAAAGAAAAUAAUAUGUGUCUCAUUUUGUCA